AGGUGUCCCUCCUCAGACUCGCAAUCCCAACAUGCUUGGUGUGUGUGAAGGCAGAGCGAAACCGUGACGAGGACACGCUUCAUAAAUCUAACAGUUCAUGCUUUUGGAGCUUUUUCUGACAUCGCAGCAGAGGAAAAACUACAAACAUCUCAUGCCGACGAUGAAAAUAUGGCAAACUCCUUGCCGUGUGCAGGGAGUCUUAUACGAAGCAAAUCUGAGGGGACAUUGAUUGAUCUGGAUGAAAAUGCUUUGGAUGGUAAAGAUCAGAAUGAUGGAAAUGUGCCUCAAACAAGAAAAAGCUAUUACAAGUCAGGACAAAAUCCUUUUUGGAAUAAGCUGUCUGAGUCAAAUCCUUUCUUAGAUGACAUUGUGCACAGCAAAUCAGAUAAGCUUAUUUCCAACACAUCCGGCACAUUCCACGAGACUAUAAACCACCUGAACACAAAAAAUGGGGACACUAUCAGCACAUCUUCAGAUGAGGACAACGCAGGGCAAUUCCUGGAAAAGAAAAACAAAGAUAACAGAUCGGGGAGAUGGAGGAGCGCCAAUGACCUUCUGGAUGGAAAUUCUGAGCAAAAGGCACCAAAAAGGGGAGACAUCUUCAAACCACCACAGCCUGUUUUAAAUCCUGAUUUUGAGUGGCUAAAAAAUGAUAGAGAAGCCUAUAAGAUGGCUUGGCUGAGCCACCGACAGUUAACUCGCUCCUGCCUGGACCUAAAUCUGAUAAGUCAGAGUCCCGGAUGGGCUCAGACUCAGGCUUCAAACUUUCAGGUCAUCUGCAAAAUCGGCCAUGAUGGAGGCACAGUCCAGCUGCCAGACUCGGAAAUCAGUAUUUCUGUCCCAGAAGGCCACGUCCCUCCUGGUGAAGUUCAGGAAGUAACACUGAAGGCAAUGCUUGACCCUCCUCCUGGACUCAACAACAACUACAUGACCACUAUGAGUCCACUUCUGGAAGUAGUCCUCAGCAACAUCAACACAAAAAGUUCCAUUUCCCUGAAAAUUAAACUGUCCGGAGAAGUACGGAGAGACCCGCUGAGUCAGCUCCUGACCACAGUGGUCGGACUCUUGUCUUGCAAACGAGAAGGGCCCUAUAUUAGAGUGAAUGACUGUAACAUUGUCGAGAACAUGAUGCAGAUGAAGCUCCAGCAGCUGAAGACACAUUUUUAUGUGAUAGCAGUUGCAGAGGCCUCAGCUAUUCAGUCCCCGGCUAUGUCAGUCUGGGAUUACCUUCACCGCCAAAUCACUGUUGCCAUCUAUGGCCCCAGGUACAUCCAUCCGUCUUUCAAGGUUGUAAUAGUUGUGUGCUGUCACAAAGAGGUACCGUCAAAGCUUCCCUUUUCAGAUAUUUGUCGAGGUAACAAACAACUGCCUCCACUCGUACUGCAGCUCUGGGGAGUGCAUCACUUUAGGACUGACAAUCUGCAUGACCUGUUUGUUACCACCACUGUCAAGGGCUCCAUGUUUAGAAUAAGACUUGAGGACAAGGUGAAAGAAGUCAGGCAGAGUCAGCUGAAAAUACGAACAGUGCUGCAUUUACCGGUGGCCUUAUCUUAUCCUAGCAAUAAAGACAUAGGUCCAUUUGAGUUAGACCUGCAAAUAACCGAAUCAAACUCCAACCCCAUUGCGCAUUUCCAGGUCCCUUCGCCUCCAGCCGCACCCAUUCGAUCGGAAAAACGCAUGUCAAAUCAGACGAGUAGAAAAGUCGUCCAGGUGUCGAGAACAUCCUCAAUUCCCGAGGAUCGGUCGCCAGAUUUCCCUAUAUUCAAAGACGGACCUGUGAACCUAAAAUGGUACGGUGUAGCCCUAAAGUCAGUUCUCCGUCAAUCACGUGUGGACUACCUUCUGGAGUACUUCAAGGGAGACACCGUGGCUCUCCUAUCAAAGGCGACUGUUAGAUCCGUGGGGAAUUCAAAGGGAAAGGAGUGGUACAUCGCAUUCCUCAGGGGGAGAACUGGUUUGAUACAUUGCAAAAAUGUCAAGGUCAUUACUGCAGAUCAAGUGAUUGACUUCACCGGAAUUCGCAUGAGCACAGAGGUGCUCCUGGACAACAUGACUCUGCCCUUCAUGAAGCUUACAUACAUGUACUCGGAUAUCCAGACACUAGUCACGGAGCAUCUGACCAACUGGAGAGGUUUCGCAAAUGCCUUAGGGUAUUACAAUUUGUCACUGGACAGUAUUACUCGCAGAGUUGCUGAAACGGAGGCCGACAAGGUGGCCUGUGUGCUGGAAAAGCUGAAGGAAGACUGCCACGCGGAGAAUAGUGGCAAGAAAUUCCUACACGAACUUAUGACUGGUCUGUUAAAGAUGGACAAUAUCAGUCUUGUGGCCCAGCUGAUUCAGAAUACGGUUAUCCUGUCAACCGCUGUGGAGGUAGGGAUUCGAUGGAGGGAGCUCGCCGAUAAAAUGGGAAAGCUGACCAGUUCUCAGAUUGCUGUCUAUGAGGCCCCACACAGAGGAAAGAAUGGAGAAGUUGGGGCUCAGUUGAUGUGGAAACCUGCUUACGAUUUCCUGUUCUCUUGGAGCCAACGUUACGGACACAGUUACAGAGACAUGAUUCAAGACCUUCACUUGGUCCUAGAUAAGAUGAAGAACCCCGCUACCAGACAGUGGAGGCAGCUGACCGGCGCCCUCAUCACAGUCAACUGCCUUGAUCUCUUUCAGGCCUCUGCAUACCCAAAGAUCUAAGCACUUUGUAAUCAGAGCACCAUCCCUGCACUUCUUCUGUUUAUCAACUGUCUUUGCCCUUUAACUGCAACAGUGAAAAUAAUGAAGGCCGGUUUAUUCAUCAGUACAUUGUAUUAAUCUAAAUGAGAUAACACUUAACAGUAACUUUUUAGCACUGAAACUGAAAUUUACUUUUUUUCUGUACUCAUAAAAUGUUAACAUUAAUCAAAUAAUUAUGGUUGCCAUAUGUUGUAUUGUUUUUUUAUUAUUAUUAUUAUUACUGUGCGCUUCCAGACUUUCUUUUGAGUAGAGGUUCUAUCACUUAUAUUUGAAACAGUUGAUCUGAAACACACAGCAACUCUGUUGAGACACCAAGUAAUGUGAAAGUCAUUUACAUGCAUUAAAUUGUAUGAUUUAUAUAUUUCCUAAAUGCUCUCCCAAACAGAUAUGAACAUGUACUUGUAACAUCACAUUGUGGAAAGCACCGUAAUGUCCGAUACACAAUGUUGCCAAAUAUUUUUAAGAUGCACUAUGGAUCAAGUAAUGCCAUCCUCAAUAAAGUGUUGCAUUUGAUGGAAACAAACAUUAACUGCAAUAAACCAUCUGAAGGAAUCAAAUAUGAAAAUAAAUGUGACUUUGUAUGUACACGA